AUGAACUUCAAGAUUGGAAUCAUCGGAGGAACUGGUCUUGAGGACCCAAAAAUAUUUAGCGAUACACAGGAAUACAAAGUGAAUACACCAUUUGGUUCGCCAUCAGAUGUUUUGAUCGAAGGGAAAGUAGGCAAUGCUACCUGCGUUCUUCUGUCACGUCAUGGUCGGGAACAUGAUACAUCCCCAACAAAUAUCAAUUAUCGAGCAAAUUUGUGGGCUCUUAUGCAACAAGGAGCAAAGGUCAUUUUAUCUACGGCGGCGUCGGGAAGUUUAAAAGAAGAACUUACACCGGGUUCAUUUGUUUUUUUGGAUUCCUUUAUUGACAGAACAUUCAAACGCGAAGUAACAUUCCAUGAUGGUAAGGAUGGCCAUCCAAAAGGUGUAUGUCAUAUUCCCUCUCAUCCGGCAUACAAUGAAAAGCUAAGACAGGUAUUAAUCUCAUCUGCAGAGGAACUCAAAUACAAAUUUUUCAAAACUGGAACGGCAAUAUGCAUUGAGGGACCACGAUAUUCUUCUCUAGCUGAAAGUGAAGUGUUCAGAAGUUGGAACGCUGAUAUUAUCAACAUGACUGUUUGUCCGGAAGUUUAUUUGGCGAAAGAACUGGGUAUUCCGUUUGCAACAACUGCUAUUGUAACAGAUUAUGAUUGUUGGAGAGAGGGCGAAAAGGUGUCAGUUGAUUUGGUGGCUCAGAGAAUGCGCGAAGCUGCGGAUAAGGCUAAAAACCUAUUCGUUACAGCAAUCGAAAAAAUUGGAGCAAUGCAUUGGGAUGAUGAAAUAAUGGAAGCUAAGAAAACAGCUCGAGCAGGGGUGAUGGUUGAUGAACAUGUGGUUUUCGAUCAUUUAAAAUAUUGA